UUAACAAAAUCUAAAGAUGUGUCCACAUGGAAUUGUAGAAUGAAGGACUGGUAAGUAGUUGUUAACAGUGACACAAACCUUCUUUUCGCUUCUCUUCUUCAACUCUAAUGCAAUAAUAAACCCUAAUUAAAGAAAAGUGAAUCGAAUUAAGUAAUAAUUAUUAAUGGCGGUUUCGGAGGAAGAAUCAUCGACGUCAUCAUCAUCAUCAUCAGCAGCCGGUUGUAGCAGCAAAUCACGAUCAGGUGCUGCGCGUGGCGCGUGUUAUUUGGCUAAAACUGUUCUUAGAGGAAGUGUUGUUUUACAAGUUGUUUAUGGUCGUAUUCGCUCUUCUACUUCUUACGACGUCGUUUUUGGCAAGGAAACAUCUAUAGAGCUGGUGAUUAUAGAUGAAGAUGGAAUUGUGCAAUCUGUUUGUGAGCAGCCUGUAUUUGGCAUAAUAAAAGAUAUAGCCGUCUUGCCCUGGAAUGAGAAGUUUCGUGCUGGAAGCCCACAGCUUCUGGGCAAGGAUCUCUUGGUUGUUAUUUCAGAUUCAGGGAAGCUGUCAGUUCUCAGAUUCUGCAAUGGAAUGCACAGGUUUUUUGCUGUAACACAUGUUCAACUUUCAUCUCCUGGAAAUCCGAGAGAUCAAAUUGGAAGGAUGUUAGCUAUUGCGUCCAAUGGCUGUUUCAUUGCUGCUAGUGCUUAUGAAGACAGAUUGGCUCUUUUCUCCCGCUCUGCUUCAGCUGGCAGUGAUAUAAUUGAUAAGAGAAUCUUUUGUCCCACUGACAAUCAAGGGAAGAUCGAGACUGCCAGUGGUUUCACCAGUUUCAGUGGUACCAUAUGGAGCAUGUGCUUUAUCUCAAAAGAUGUUCGUCAACAAAAUAAGGAUUACAAUCCUGUAUUGGCCGUUCUUCUGAAUAGGAGGAGAUCAUAUAGGAGUGAGAUCAUGUUGAUAGAGUGGAAUACGAAGGAGCAUUCGCUCCAUGUAAUAUAUCAGUAUUCUGAACCUGGACCACUAGCACAUCAUAUCGUAGAAGUUCCUCAAUCUUAUGGACUUAUGUUAGUAUUUCGUGCUGGGGAUGCUAUUGUGAUGGACUUCAAAGAUCCUUAUAACCCUUGUUUUCCUUAUCGAAUAAGUUUAAAUUUUACAUCUCCUUCAGUUGAGGAGCAGAAUUUUGUAGAAGAGACUAUUAGAAUUCCCGAUAUUAUUGACGAAGAAGGUAUAUAUAGCGUUGCUGCAUCUGCAUUGCUUGAGCUUAGCGACUUGAAUAAAAAUGACCCAAUGAACAUUGAUGAUGAUAGCAGUGUAAAGCCGGGUUCAAAUUUCGCCUGCUCAUGGAGUUGGAAUCCUGAAAAUGAGAACAAUCCUAGGAUGAUAUUUUGUGCUGAUUCUGGAGAGCUUUUCUUGAUCGAUUUUCUAUUUGAUCCUGAUGGCGUGAAAAUAUCUCUGUCUGAUUGUCUUUACAAGACUCUACCAGCCAAGGCACUUUUGUGGGUGAGAGGUGGAUUUUUGGCGGUUAUUGUUGAGAUGGGUGAUGGCAUGGUCUUAAAAGUUGAAGAGGGAAGACUUGUUUAUAGAAGUCCAAUCCAAAAUAUUGCACCAAUAUUGGAUAUGUCGGUUGUGGAUUACCAUGAUGAGAAACAUGAUCAAAUGUUUGCAUGCUGUGGAAUGGCACCUGAAGGAUCUUUACGAGUUAUACGCAGUGGCAUCAGCGUAGAGAAAUUGUUGAAAACUGCUCCUAUAUACCAGGGUAUUACUGGAACUUGGACAGUUAAAAUGAAACUUGCUGAUUCUUAUCAUUCUUUCCUUGUACUGUCAUUUGUUGAAGAGACCAGGGUGCUAUCUGUUGGUGUGAGCUUUUCUGAUGUAACUGACUUCAUGGGUUUCCAACCUGAUGUUUGCACGUUGGCAUGUGGUCUUGUGGGCGAUGGUAUGCUGGUGCAAAUCCACCAGACUGCUGUGAGACUGUGUGUACCUAUUACUGCUGCACAUCCAGAUGGUAUUGAUUCGUCGUCACCAACUUUCACCUCGUGGUCCCCUGAUAACAUGACAAUAAGCCUGGGAGCUGUUGGGCCUAAUUUGAUAGUUGUUGCAACUUCCAGUCCAUGUUUCUUAUUCAUUCUUGGCAUCAGGACCAUAUCAGCACAUCAUAUUGAAAUAUACCAGAUGCAACAUGUGAAAUUGCAAGAUGAACUCUCCUGCAUCUCCAUCCCCCAAAGACGGCUUGAGCAAACAUCCUUUAUCUCUAGAACUAGUAAUACAAUUGGAGUUCCUCUGGAUUCUCUUCCAGCCGGAUUGGACAUCAGUAGAACCUUCGUUAUUGGUACACAUAAGCCUUCUGUAGAAGUUCUAUCAUUUACUUCUGAUAAGGGCGUGAGUGUUCUUGCUGUAGGGUCUAUAACCUUAACAAACACUCUUGGAACAACCAUAAGUGGCUGCAUCCCUCAAGACGUAAGACUUGUACUCGUCGAUCGGCUUUAUGUUCUUUCAGGAUUGAGGAAUGGUAUGCUACUCAGAUUUGAGUGGCCUUCUAUCUCGACAGUUUCCUCACUAGUCUCGCCUGGCCUUCAAACUUUUGACAAUUCCUGUGUGGCUAAUUGCACGAGUUCCUCAAUUUUUGCCUCUCAGAAUUUUAGAACUCAAACUAUGCAAGUGUCCAGUUUAUUGGAUAAGACGAAGGGUUUUCCUGUUUAUCUGCAGUUAGUUGCAGUUCGUCGGAUUGGCAUCACUCCUGUUUUUUUGAUUCCAUUGAAUGAUUCUCUUGAUGCUGAUGUGAUCGCUCUAAGCGAUAGGCCCUGGCUAUUGCAAACUGCAAGACAUAGCCUCUCGUAUACUUCAAUAUCUUUUCCACCUUCCACACAUGUUACUCCAGUCUGUUCAACUGAAUGUCCCAAGGGAAUUAUCUUUGUUGCGGAAAACAGUCUUCACUUGGUGGAAAUGGUGCCUAGUAAACGGCUUAAUGUGCAGAAAUUUCAUUUUGGCAGCACUCCUCGAAAGGUUCUAUAUCAUAGUGACAGCAGGUUGUUGCUUGUAUUAAGGACUGAUCUCACUGAUGAUUUAUGUUCAUCUGAUGUCUGUUGCAUAGAUCCUCUCAGUGGAUCAGUGUUAUCAUCCUUUAAGUUUGAGCCUGGGGAAAUGGGAAAAUGCAUGGAGUUGGUAAAAGUCGGAAACGAACAAGUUCUUGUUGUUGGAACUAGUCUCUCUUCUGGUCCAGCUAUAAUGCCUAGUGGUGAAGCUGAAAGUACAAAGGGCCGUCUAAUAGUUCUUUGCGUCGAGCAAAUGCAAAACUCAGAUAGUGGAUCAAUUGCAUUUUGUUCGAGGGCGGGAUCAUCUUCUCAACGGACUUCACCUUUCCGUGAGAUUUGUGGAUAUGAACAGCUGUCUAGCAGUAGUCUCUGUAGCAGUCCUGAUGAUAACAGCUGUGACGGGAUUAAACUCGAGGAAAGUGAAGCAUGGCACUUAAGAUUAGGUUAUUCAACCACUUGGCCUGGAAUGGUGCUUGCAGUCUGCCCUUAUCUUGAUCGUUUUUUCUUGGCCUCUGCGGGUAAUUGUUUUUAUGUUUGUGGUUUUCCAAAUGAUAAUUCCCAAAGAGUCAGACGCUUUGCAGUAGGGAGAACACGUUUUAUGAUCAUGACUCUUACUGCACACUUCACUAGAAUUGCUGUUGGUGAUUGUCGCGAUGGCAUCCUCUUCUACUCGUAUCAGGAGGAUUCAAGAAAACUAGAGCAAGUUUACUGUGACCCUGUCCAGAGGUUAGUUGCUGAUUGCACUCUUAUAGAUGGAGACACAGCUGCUGUUUCAGAUCGAAAGGGGAGUCUAGCCAUUUUAUCAUGUUUGAAUCACUUGGAAGAUAAUUCCAGUACAGAAUGCAAUCUAGCUCUAACAUGUUCCUUCUACAUGGGUGAGAUAGCUAUAAGAAUUCGAAAGGGGUCAUUCUCCUAUAAACUUCCAGCAGAUGAUGCACUUAGGGGCUGUCAAGUUGCCAGCAACGUCGGUGACCUAUCACAAAAUAGUAUCAUGGCUAGUACGCUUUUAGGAAGCAUAAUUAUUUUCAUUCCUCUUACUAGGGAGGAAUAUGAUCUCUUAGAAGCACUACAGGCUAGGCUUGUCAUCCAUCCACUGACUGCUCCUAUAUUGGGAAACGACCAUACUGAAUUUCGUUCUCGUGGAAGUGUGGCUAAGGCACCUAAAGCUCUGGAUGGUGAUAUGCUUGCUCAGUUCCUGGAGCUUACUAGUAUGCAACAAGAAGCUGUAUUAGCAUUGCCUCUUGCCGCACAAAACACGAUUACGUUCAAUUCAAAGCAAUCUCCUGCUCCAAUUACUGUUAAUCAGGUUGUGCGACUGCUAGAACGUGUUCAUUAUGCCCUCAACUGAAUAUCAAGUUUAUCUUUGUCUGGUGCUUUGAGAGCUGUUAACUUGGUCUUUGAUUGACUGCCAAAUCAAGUGGCUUUGCAGCCUUGGUCCAGACUAAUGUCAGUGCCAAUGCCAUCAGGUCAUUCUUUGGAAGCCAAAGUGAUCUGUGAUUGCCUGAAGAUUUUUAAAGCUGGAUCUAACAUUGUCUACAUGGGAGGCUACUCUGCUUUUGUUUAGGGGUGGGGUUGUGGGGUGGUGGACGGGGGUGGGGGUUGCAGGUGCAGGGUGCCUCAUUCAUGAUCAUUGUCUGUACACAGUUUUGUAUGGACAUUUUUGAGUUUAUGUACAACGCCUUUGUUUCGUUUGGAAGAGGGGGGUUUUUCCUGAGGCUCUUUACUGUAAAUGAUGCGCUGCGGUAGCUUCAGUAAAUUGUAAAUAUGUCUGUACCACAAUAUUCUUUUUGAUAGUUGAGACCUUUUUUCUUGUUCACAUACAAUAUCACGCAACUGUCGCCCCUUUUGUUUUU